UUGCCGUUCGGGUCGCCCCGGCCGCGCGCCCGCAGCUCCCCGCGCAGCAGCCGCGCCGCGUCGGCGCCGUCUCCGGGCCCCCGUGCUCGGCGCGAAGCCCUGGCCCCGGGGCCGGGGCAUGGGCCAGGGGCGCGGGGUAAGGCGGCUUCCCGCACGGCCGUGAGUGUCCCCGCUUCAGCAUGAAGACCCUCAUAGCCGCCUACUCCGGGGUCCUGCGAGGCACUGGCUCCAGCAUCCUCUCCGCCCUCCAGGACCUCUUCUCCAUCAGUUGGCUCAACAGGUCCCAGGUGGAAAAGCAGCUACAGGUCAUCUCGGUGCUGCAGUGGGUCCUGACCUUCCUCGUGAUGGGAGUGUCCUGCAGUGUCAUCCUCCUAUACACGUUCUGCACUGAUUGCUGGCUCAUCGCCGUGCUCUACUUCACCUGGCUGGUGUUCGACUGGAACACGCCCAAGAAAGGUGGCAGGAGGUCACAGUGGGUCCGAAACUGGGCUAUGUGGCGCUACUUUCGAGACUACUUUCCCAUCCAGCUGGUGAAGACGCACAACCUGCUCACCACCAGGAACUACAUCUUUGGCUACCACCCCCACGGCAUCAUGGGCCUCGGUGCCUUCUGCAACUUCAGCACAGAGGCCACGGAAGUGAGCAAGAAGUUCCCUGGCAUAAGGCCCUACCUGGCCACGCUGGCCGGCAACUUCCGGAUGCCAGUGCUGAGGGAGUACCUCAUGUCUGGAGGCAUCUGCCCUGUGAACCAGGACACAAUAGACUACUUGCUUUCAAAGAAUGGGAGUGGCAAUGCCAUCAUCAUCGUUGUAGGGGGCGCGGCCGAGUCCCUGAGCUCCAUGCCCGGCAAGAACGCGGUCACCCUGCGCCACCGCAAGGGCUUUGUGAAACUGGCCCUGCGCCAUGGAGCCGACCUGGUUCCUAUCUACUCCUUCGGGGAGAACGAGGUGUACAAGCAGGUGAUCUUUGAGGAGGGCUCCUGGGGCCGCUGGGUCCAGAAGAAGUUCCAGAAGUACAUCGGCUUCGCCCCGUGCAUUUUCCAUGGCCGAGGCCUCUUCUCCUCCGAUACCUGGGGGCUCCUGCCCUACCCGAAGCCCAUCACCACCGUCGUGGGUGAGCCCAUCACCAUCCCCAAGCUGGAGCACCCAACCCAGCAGGACAUCGACCUGUACCACGCCAUGUACAUGGAGGCCCUGGUGAACCUCUUCGACAGGCACAAGACCAAGUUUGGCCUCCCGGAGACUGAGGUCCUUGAGGUGACCUGAGCCAGCCCUCAGGGACCAGGUCCUGGGAGCAACCAGCUGCAGAUUGUUUUCUACCAAGUUCUCCAGUGCUUUUUUUGUUCUGUAAAUUUCGAAGCGUCAUGGGUGUCUGUGGGUUAUUUAAAAGAAAUUAUAAUAAUUUUGUUAAACCAUUAUAAUGUUAGGUCUUUUUUAAGAAGGAAAAAGUGAAUAUUUCACACUCUUUCACUUCCAGUUGUCCUGUUCUAGGUGAUGGCUAACACAUCUGGUCCUUUAUGGUUUUCUCAACCAAGCUUUCUACUUCCCUUCCCAAAAUUGCAGGAAAAAACUCAGUCCUGUUAACUGGGGAAGGACAGCCCUUCGUGACUCAGGCCGGUUAGAUGAUUUGCUUUUUGCCCCUGUGGGAUGAGGGGCAGAAGCCACUUGCCAUACAAACACCUCUGCUCGCAGCUACCCCACCCUAGACCGCAGGACUGGUUCCUCUUGCCAAGAGGGAGACUCAGAGGGCAGACUAGUCCCAUUCUGAAGAGUGCACUGAUGAGCAGCUGGGAUGCUCCAGCUUGCUCUCCUGUCUGCCCCCGCCCCCCGCCAGUCUUUCAAAUCUGAGCCUGGCUGGCCUCCAGAGCAAGAUUGGGAGUGGCAGUGAUCCCAUGCUGGCGAGCAGAGCUGUCUUAGAUGCACCAUCUCUGGGAUUAUCCAGCCACCACGUUCUGGUUGUAGUGACUGAUUUUCUGGCGCCGUGGACCCAGCCCUGGCCCAACUUCGGCCUGAAUUGCAUACUUCCCGGUGGCCUCAUUUUGUUUAACCCCCACCCCCAAGUGCAGGUAUGAGGAAGGGCUCCUCUUCCUGCCCACAGAGGGCCCUGAUCUUCUGAGCAGCAGACUGGUGCCAGGACAGGAGGCCUCUGAAGCCAUGUCUCACAUAUUUGUGCCUUUAUGAGAGGGUGGGGGCCAGGGAGGAAGCCCAGCGCCCCCAGAGUUCUGUUUUUCCUUGGUGAGAUCACUGUACAUGUCAGACUUUUGUAUAUUCCUAAAUGAAUAAACAAAAACGAGAGA